AGGCUUGCGCGCACGCGCCUCAUCUGGUCGCGUCGGGUGUGCGUGCGUGCGUGCGUGUUUGCGUGUGGUCACAGUUCCCGCCAUCAGCCGCUGUACCUGACUUAGGGGGAGAGAGCGGCCCCUCUCCUUCGGCCCGGGGUCCCUUCCUUCCUUAUCCCCGGCUCCUCCCCCUUCGCGCGGACUCUGCUUCCGGCAGGCCCUUUCGGGGCUCCUGACCCGCAAGCACAGCUGAGUUGAUGUCUUCCGGAGAACUGGCAUAGCUGCAGAAUAUGAGUAGUUCCCCAAGAAGAGUGCAUUGCCUUUGGCACAAGGAUCAGAAUAAAGGUGAAUUGUUAUUACAUAGGGUAUUUCAGUAAAAGUCAUUGACAAAAUCUUUCAGGUGAAGGUGUAUUUUUGCUUUUUGCUUUGCCUAGAAGCAAUUUAUUUUUUAAAGAAAGAAUGUCUACUCUGAAGAUACAUGGUCCUAUCAGAAUUCGAAGUAUGCAAACUGGAAUUACAAAAUGGAAAGAAGGAUCCUUUGAAAUUGUGGAAAAGGAGAAUAAAGUCAGUCUAGUAGUUCACUACAAUACUGGAGGAAUUCCAAGGAUAUUUCAGCUGAGUCAUAACAUUAAAAAUGUGGUGCUUCGACCCAGUGGAGCAAAACAAAGCCGUCUAAUGUUAACUCUACAAGAUAACAGCUUCUUGUCUAUUGAUAAAGUGCCAAGUAAGGAUGCCGAGGAAAUGAGGUUGUUUCUAGAUGCAGUCCAUCAAAACAGACUUCAUGCAGCCAUGAAACCUUCUCAGGGUUCUGGUAAUUUUGGAGCUGUUCUGGGCAGCAGAGCCUCACAGAAGGAAACCAACAGGCAGCUUUCUUACUCUGACAAUCAGGCCUCUUCAAAAAGAGGAAGUUUGGAGACUAAAGACGAUAUUCCAUUUCGAAAGGUUCUUGGUAAUCCAGGUAGAGGAUCGAUUAAGACUGCAGCAGGAAGUGGAAUAACUGUCACCCGGAGUGUCCCCUCUUUGACGUCGACAUCAACACCUCUUAGGUCAGGGGUAUUAGAAAAUAGGACUGAAAAAAGGAAAAGAAUGCUAUCAUCGGGCUCAGAGUUAAAUGAAGAUUACCCCAAGGAAAAUGAUUCAUCAUCCAACAACAAGGCUAUGACAGAUCCCUCAAGAAAGUAUUUAACCAGCAGUCGAGAGAAGCAGCUGAGUUUGAAGCAGUCAGAAGAGAAUAGGACACCAGGGCUUUUGCCUUUGCAGUCCUCAUCCUUUUAUGGCAGCAGAGCUGGAUCCAAGGACUACUCUUCUGGCAGCACUAACCUAGACAGGACUAAUGUUUCAAGCCAAACUCCCUCUGCCAAAAGAAGUUUGGGAUUUCUUCCUCAGCCAGCACCUCUUUCUGUUAAAAAACUGAGGUGUAACCAGGAUUACACUGGCUGGAACAAACCAAGAGUGCCCCUUUCCUCUCACCAACAGCAACAACUGCAAGGCUUCUCCAACUUGGGAAAUACCUGCUAUAUGAACGCUAUUUUACAGUCUCUCUUUUCACUUCAAUCAUUUGCAAAUGACUUGCUUAAGCAAGGUAUACCAUGGAAGAAAAUUCCACUUAAUGCACUUAUCAGACGCUUUGCACACUUGCUUGUUAAAAAAGAUAUCUGUAAUUCAGAGACCAAAAAAGAUUUACUCAAGAAGGUUAAAAAUGCCAUUUCAGCUACAGCAGAGCGAUUCUCUGGUUAUAUGCAGAAUGAUGCUCAUGAAUUUUUAAGUCAGUGCUUAGACCAGCUGAAAGAGGAUAUGGAAAAAUUAAAUAAAACUUGGAAGACUGAACCUGUUCCUGGAGAAGAUAAUUCACCAGAUAUUUCAGCCACCAGAGUAUACACUUGCCCUGUAAUUACUAAUUUGGAGUUUGAGGUUCAGCACUCCAUCAUCUGUAAAGCAUGUGGAGAGAUUAUUCCCAAAAGAGAACAGUUUAAUGACCUCUCUAUUGAUCUUCCUCGAAGGAAAAAGCCACUCCCUCCUCGUUCAAUUCAGGAUUCCCUUGAUCUUUUCUUUAGAGCAGAAGAACUUGAGUAUUCCUGUGAGAAGUGUGGUGGGAAGUGUGCUAUUGUCAGGCACAAAUUUAACAGACUACCCAGGAUCCUCAUUCUUCAUUUGAAACGAUACAGCUUCAAUGUUGCUCUCUCACUUAACAACAAGAUUGGGCAGCAAGUCAUCAUUCCAAGAUACCUGACCCUGUCAUCUCAUUGCACUGAAAAUACAAAACCACCCUUCACCCUUGGUUGGAGUGCACAUAUGGCAAUUUCUAGACCAUUGAAAGCCUCUCAAAUGGUGAAUUCCUGCAUCACCAGCCCUUCUACACCUUCAAAGAAUUUCACCUUCAAAUCCAAGAGCUCCUUGGCUUUAUGCCUUGAUUCAGACAGUGAGGAUGAGCUAAAACGCUCUGUAGCCCUUUGCCAGAGACUUUGUGAAAUGUCAGGCUGUGAACAUCAGCAGGAAGACUUGGAAAAAGAAUCAAAAUUAUGCAGAAUAGAGCCUGAUAAAUCCGAACUGGAAAACUCAGGAUAUGAUGGGAUAAGCGAAGAAGAGCUUCUAGCAGCAGUUUUAGAGAUAAGUAAGAGAGAAGCUUCACCAUCUCUGAGUCAUGAAGAUGAUGAUAAACCAACCAGCAGCCCAGAUACUGGAUUUGCAGAAGAUGAUAUUCAAGAAAUGCCUGAAAAUCCAGACCCUAUGGAGACUGAGAAGCCCAAAACAAUCAUAGAGUCAGAUCCUGACAGUUUUACUGAAGUAACUAAAGACUGUGAUGAAAAUAAAGAAAAUAAAACUCCAGAAGGAUCUCAAGGAGAGGUUGACUGGCUCCAGCAGUAUGAUAUGGAACGUGAAAGGGAAGAGCAAGAGCUUCAGCAGGCAUUGGCUCAGAGCCUUCAGGAACAAGAGGCUUGGGAACAGAAAGAAGAUGACGACCUCAAAAGAGCUACGGAGUUAAGUCUUCAAGAGUUUAACAACUCUUUUCUGGAUUCAUUGGGUUCUGAUGAGGACUCUGGAAAUGAGGAUAUUUUAGAUAUGGAGUACACAGAAGCUGAAGCUGAGGAACUGAAAAGGAAUGCUGAGACAGGAAAUCUUCCUCAUUCUUAUCGGCUCAUUAGUGUUGUCAGUCACAUUGGUAGCACUUCUUCUUCAGGUCAUUACAUUAGUGAUGUGUAUGACAUUAAGAAGCAGGCGUGGUUUACUUAUAAUGACCUAGAGGUAUCUAAAAUUCAAGAGGCUUCUGUGCAGACUGAUCGGGAUCGGAGUGGUUAUAUCUUCUUUUACAUGCACAAGGAGAUCUUUGAUGAGCUGCUGGAAACAGAAAGGAACUCUCAGGCACUUAGCCUAGAAGUGGGGAAGACCACUCGUCUGGCUUCAUGAGAAACAAAUCCCCGGGUUGGCAGUGUGCACUGCGUAUUUUCCUUUACUGCCGCCCGCUCACCUUUUCUCUGCCAGAGGAGAAUUUGGAAUUCUACUUGAUGCGGGAGCAACAAACAGCUCAGGGCCAAGCAAAAGAUGAAAAUUGCAGUUAUGCGGAAUGUUCCAAGCUGAUUGUUUUAUGGACACUUCGGUCUCACAUCUGUAGCUGAUUGUCCUCUUUUCCUCCUACAAGAGUGGCACUUCCUUUGUCUUAGGAAUACAUGUUGUAAAUAUAUAUACAUAUGUACAUACACACACAUACAUGUGGAAUGAAUGGAGCCUUAAAGAAUUAGAAUGAGCCACCAGAGUAUGCCUGCUCAAAAUUAAUAGCACAGCAGUUUAGAGAAGAAAUGAAGUUAUCAAAGAGUCGAUUCACCUGAGAAAUGGGUGAAGAUUUACGUAUCAGUUGGCAUUUAUCUUUUGUGUUCCUUGAGUAGUUUGACUCAAGUGUAAUGUUCCAUUUGUGUUUCUUACUAGUAAAGUUCACUGGAAAGCCAGCUCUCAAUGUUACACUAAUGACAGUUUGUCCCCCUUGUGAAGAAGGGGCAGGGCAUUCCUGCCACCUGACUUGGAGGACAUUUUUUAAAAGAAUUACUUCAUGGAUUUGUAAUGCUUCUGCUGUUUACUUGCAGUCCCAAGAAAUGGAUUGUUGGUGCUUUGGAAUGUGUUGUGGUCCCACAUUUGGUAUUCAUUGUACACUUUGUAUUUUCUUUAAAGAGAUUUCCUUCACACAGUACAUUCAUUGUAUAUCAUCUAUAUUAUUACGGUGAUGAAGAUGGAAUCUUUAUUUUUUUCUUCUGUAUCAUUCUUCCAUGGAGCAUGCAUUACCCUAACAGAUUGCAACCAAAACAAGAGGGAGGAGCAAGAAUACUUAGGGAUAAGAAAGAGUGCUAGCAUCUCUGUCUCUCAAAUACAGAGAAGUCAAGAGGAGUAUUCCUGUGUUAAAGGUAAGAUUUUGGACCACUAAAGCUAAAAGCCCUGCUGCCAGUGUGAAGUUAAGUAUAUGAGCUAUAGGAUAAAGUUUGAAUUCAUUUCCUGUUUGGUUUUGCCCUUAAGACAAGGUAGGAAAUAAAAUAUGAUUGGUUUAAUCCCAAGAACUAAGAAAUAACUAAGGUGCAUAAUAUAUUUAUCUUACUUUUUAGGUGUUCUGAGUUGAGGCUAAAUGGGGGUGCAACAUUAAAUGCUACAUUAGUCUCUCAGCUGUAGUUCAUCAGCUUGUGAAAUCACUUAAAGAAAUGAGUUUGAAAGUAGAAGUCUGUUCACAAAAUGAUUUUGUGAGCCCAGGGAUCAUUAGGAUCACAUAUAGAGAUAAGUGUAGCAAAAUGAAACCUUUAAUAUUUUCUUUCUUGUUUUUUCCUGCUUUUAUUAUAAACAAGGAGAUACGCUCUUGAUUCAGUUCUGAGGUAGGGACAAAACCAUAGCAGGUUUUCAAGGGGAGAAAACAUCUUAAAGCUGUGGUCACUGAAGAUGUCAUAUCUUUUCUGGAAGAUUGUCUUAACAUUGAGUUCCAGACCCACUCUUGGAACGUCAGUGUGUUCUGAUUCCAUGAACUAUUCUAAAACUUUUAAUAUUUGAAUCAUAAAUGGCUCCAGUACUUUUGUUUAACUAUUGAUGAAAGCUUUGCCUCCUACUUACCUACCUAUUACACUAUAGUGAAUGAUCCAAACAGUGUGAUGAUAGAAUAUGCAGCAGUAUAGAGCAUGGGAAAAUACUUGUUUUAAAAGUUACACCAUUUUAGAUUUUGCUUUAUUUCCACCAUGGAGCCUCUUUUGUUUUGUUUUUUUAAAUAACUGGUUUUCUCAUAAAUGAGUUGAGUGGUGAUCAAAUUAUUGAACUAUUUAUUCUCUUCCGUGUUUGAGAGGUACUGUUAAAAAUGAUUGGGAAUGAUUUGAAAUGAGGGGUGCAUUAGAGCAUUAAAAAAAAAAAACAAAAAAUGCCAUGAGCCUAGACCAUGAAGGACCCUCAGGUGACCUGAUUUUCAUAGCUUGCAUGUAUAUGUGGUUUAGAAAUACAUGUGGCUUAGAAAGCUAAUUUGAUUUAAUCCUCAUGUCUGGGGCAGGACUUGUUAGUUAAAAAUAGGUUAUUGGGGUAGAUGAGUUAACUCUCUGUUUAUAGGCUUGCAAGUUUGGGACUGAAUUGUCCUCAAAAUCCACUGCUGUGGCCUGGCCAGCCUUCCCUCUCCCUCUACUACAUGACCUCUCACCACUUUCACUGCAGUUCCUUCCUCAUUUUGGUUCGGAGAAGGGUUCAUAACUAUAGACGGAGAUUUCAGCUGGCCAUGGUUAUGCGUUUUGUUGUGUUUUUGAGCCGGCUGUAUAUAUUUUUAAGUUGUAAGCAGACAGUAUAUUGUUUUUUUUGUGCAGUGUGAUCAGUUUGCUUAGAUUGGGCGGAGGGUGUUGGGGCCAGGAAGGGACAAGUUAGAUAGCAACAGAGUGCUUAGUCCUGGGCAGCCUGCACAAUAACUAUAAACCUUCCCACUGAAAAUACCAAAUGUGGUUACACUACUUUAAGUGACAUUUAAUUGGAACUUGACAGCACUUGCUCUGCACACAACUGAUCUUAAUUGGAAUUUUUUGGAAGGGAAAACUAACCUAAUUUCAAACUUAAUAAAUUGUUGUUAAGCACCUGAGAUUAUGGAGAAUUGGGAAGUUGCCUGUAGCCAGAUGCUGUUAGCACUUUAUUAGCCAUGACUAUAAUUUCAGCCAUGAGAAGAUAACCUGUUUCGUAGGGAAUAUAUUUGUGUGUACACACUCAUAAAUUUGGUCUCAGCAGAAUAGAAUAAGAGGCAAAUCCAUGAAUUGUUCUAUUUAUAUUUUGAUUCCAAGAGUUAAUUGUUUACUUGCCAUGGUCUGUUAAUUUCAGGCCUAACUUAAUGGCUCAAUAACAAAUAUAACAACAGUAAAUGUGUUUACAUUUUAAGAAGUAUGCAGUGUGAUAGUACAGAUCAGUUAACUAACUGGGAGGCAAAUAUUAGACUAUAUAUUUCUAUUCUCUCUUGUAUCAAGUGUACAAUUCUUACAAAAGAGAAGCUUUAAGAAUUCGAACCUUCAGCAAGUGAAUUCAUGAAUUUACUUAUUUUUCCAUACUGCAGUUACCAUUAUGUAACUUUAUAAAUACAGCUCUACACAUGCAUAGCUACAAAUAUAGUUGUAUAAUGAAAAAUAUUUGAAAAUGCUUAAAUUAAAGAGAUUCCUGGCAGUGACUCUAUACAGUUGAGUAUUAUAAGUGUAAAAAAGAAAAAAAAAAGGCAUGGGGAGUGGGUUGGAAACAGAAAAGGUAGUUUGGAAACUCAUUUGUGAUCUAAAGAGAUUAUAUUAAAACAAAUACUACCCUUUUUCUUCUCUGUCCUCUGAAAUGACUGCAAUCAAUGCUUAGUCAUUCAGCCUUUUUUUUUUUUUCUGUUUAAUUAACCUCCGUUUAAGUGGUCUUUUGUUUUAAAUUCGGAAAACAGAGCUAGCUUUCCCAGUACAUGUGGGUCUUGUAUAUAUGGAGAUUUUUUGAAAAAUCGCCAACAACCCAGUACCAGACGCAAGUCUCAGAAAAGUGUCUCCCAAACACAACUACAUCCUUUUCCUCCUUCCCAUUGUGUUUUACACUGAUGAUGCUCUUAAGUUUACAAAAACUAAACAGUUUCUGCCCUUUAACACCCUUCUAAUGCAUUACUUCAAAAUUCUAAUUUUGUCUCUGUUGAUGUGUCUUAUUAACAUCUGAAAAAUAUAUAUAUUUUAUUGGAAAACUAGACUGUUCACCUUGAGAGUUGUGACAAUUCUUUUGCUGUGUCUCACCAGUCAUUGACUCCUUUGUGGCAUGCUCUGAUUACUAGACUUCAGGCAGUCUCUUUCAUUGUAUCAUAUUUAUAUACAAAAACUUUUACUUUCUGUGUGUGCUGUAUGUCUGAGGUUUUGAAGUUAUUAACAAAAAGUUUGUCAGUAUGAACAUAAGCAGUUGAUUUUAGUAACAUUGGACCUAAAAUACAGAGAUUUGAAGUAUAGGCAUGUCCACUGGUAUAAGAAUAGAGUGGAUGAGGGUCUGGCUCAGGACCCAAGUUCAUUAGCUCAAAUACCAAAACAGUGAAGAGACAGACCACACACGGUUUGUGCACACCUCUUGUCCCCAGGUUUCCCUCCCUCUGAGCUUUUCCUUCCACCCCCGACUUCUCUGGCCUGUUGUCAGUGUUGUUUAUUUAUGCUACAGAGGGGAAAACAGAGGUUUCCUACACUUUGCUUAAUUGAGCCACUACCAGACUUGCUGGCAGCUUUGGCCGCAUUUAUGAGGUGAUUUUCUUUGUGUUCAGAGUGACUGUUGAUUCUGAUUCUUUAUAUUGUUUUGUAUGGAGCAGCACUUUAUCUGUGUUUUAGCAGAACUGUUCCUCUAUCCUUUACGGUUUUUCCUUGUUUUUGUUUCCUUUUUAAAUUAUGCAUAGAGUUUUUUUGUGUGUAUGAAAUUAAAGCCUUUAUUAACCUUG